AUGGUGUUUCAAUGUCUGGGGAGGAGGCAACCAACGCGCUCGACACACGUCCUGUUACACGCGAGAUAUGCGAGCAGGCGGUUCGCGACAUCAUGUCGACUCCAGGCUCAGGCGAGUCAAGAUGCUGCUGCAUCGACCAUCGCACGAACGCGCAACAUUGGUAUCAUAGCUCACAUUGAUGCUGGCAAGACGACAACUACGGAGCGUAUGCUAUAUUACAGCGGCUUCACGCGCAGGCUUGGAGACGUCGACGAGGGCAGCACAGUAACAGAUUUCCUACCUGCCGAAAGGGCUCGAGGCAUCACUAUCCAAUCGGCAGCUAUCUCUUUCUCGUGGCCGCCUGAGAGUGCUAACUCAAAGCUUCCAUUCGCACCAGACACGCCAAGAUCACGCAUUCCGCACAACAUCAACCUGAUUGAUACUCCCGGCCACGCGGACUUCACCUUCGAAGUCCUCCGCUCCUUGCGGGUGUUGGACGGUGCUGUCUGUGUUCUGGACGGCGUUGCGGGUGUCGAAGCACAGACAGAAAAAGUCUGGAGUCAGGCUGACAAGUACGCCAUACCCAGGGUCGUGUUUGUUAACAAGCUCGAUCGGGAUGGUGCUGCUUUUGCGAGAACGGUCACAGAGAUUGGAAGUCGACUAAGCACGUGGCCUGCUGUAUGCGGUAUUCCCUGGUGGACUGCCGAUGGCAAACUCCAAGGCGUGGGUGACGUGGUCGGUCUUCGAAGCCUCCGCUAUCCAGAAGGUGGCGAUGGCAAGGAUAUCCAGGUGUCGAAUCUUGACAAGUUGACACAGAUCGAUGGCGACUUUGCGGAAGAGUUGCAGAAGGCUCGCGUGGCGCUUGUGGAAAGAUUGUCCGAGCACGAUGAUGGGAUGGUCGAGAAUUAUCUGCAAGCCGACGAGGACCAUCUGAGCAUCUCCCCUCAAGACAUUGUCGCAUCACUCCGAAGAUGUGUCUUGCAGCGUCCGCAGCAGGUGUCGCCAGUCUACGCUGGUGCCAGCUUCCGCAACGUUGGAGUGCAGCCACUGCUGGAUGCAGUAGUUGACUUGCUACCUUCGCCCAAUGAAAGACCAGAUCCGGAGGUGCGACUUGGAUCUAGCACGAAGGGAGGUCUAGGCGCCUUUUUGGCUGGUGAUUUGCAGUCAGAUGCGCCCACGCCGGAGGUGAAAGGCGGCACGAAGGCGGUCAGCAAGAACCAAGCCAAGCUAUCGCUGCAGAAGUUAGAAGCAUGCGCGUUGGCGUUCAAGGUGGUGGCAGAUGCUAAACGUGGUGUGCUGGUCUACGUUCGUGUCUAUUCUGGCGCGAUCCAACGGAAUUCAUCACUCUGGAACACGACCUUGCAGAAUUCCGAACGAGCUCAAAGGCUGCUGAAGAUGUACGCCAACGAUGCUGUGGACAUUGAAAGCAUCCCAGCAGGCCAGAUUGGAGUCAUACCUGGAAUGAAAUUUGCUAGGACUGGCGACACACUGGUUUCUUACUCCGGAGUCAACCCAAAGACGGGACCGCCACGACCGAUCAGCAGCCUUCAACUGAGACCUAUCGAUGUGCCGCCGCCUGUCUUCUUCGUCAGCGUGGAGCCAAACAGCUUGUCUGAGGAGAAGCAUAUCAAAGAGUCUCUCGAGCUCCUCCUUCGAGAAGACCCGAGUCUUCACGUAUCGGUUGAUGAGGAAAGCGGACAAAUGCAUCUCGCUGGUAUGGGCGAGCUUCAUCUAGAGAUUGCAAGAGAUCGAUUGGUCCAAGAUCUAAAGGCCAAAGCCAGGAUUGGCAGCAUUGAAAUUGGCUACCGGGAAUCAAUUACAGCUGGAGACUUGUCAGAUCCACUACAUGAGGUCCUUGACCGCGACAUUGGUGGUAAGAGCGCAAAAGCAGCCUGCACCAUUGCGGUGGCUCCACGCGACGACGACAAUACAAUCCACCACACAGAGGAUAGCCACACUUCCGAACUUCACGACAACAACCAUCUCGUCAUAUCCACCGAAGGUCUGAACGUGGAUGGCGAGCCAACAGAUUCUGAGCUGUCCUCUUUGCCAGAGCACUUACCACUCUCUGUCGUCCUGCAAAGUCUGCAUAACGGUGUAGCGGCAGGUCUUGCUCGAGGCCCUCACCAUGGCUACCCAGUACACUCUACAACAAUCAAAGUCAUCUUCGACGUAGCGAGGGACAUCUUUCCGAACACAACGGCAGCCUCUAUAUCCUCAGCCGCCCGUGUGGCCACACAAAAAGCACUCAAACAGAAUGGAAGCGAAACAGUGAUGAUGGAACCAGUUAUGCUCGUUUCCAUCAGCGUAGACGAGGAAUCUCUCGGCUCUGUCAUGCACGACAUAUCUUCAGCUCGCGGAGGAAGCGUCGUAUCUCUUGGUUCGGACGACGAGGGUACCACGGCAUCGCAAGAUAUCGAUGUCAAGAAGAUCUACACUCCUCCAGAUCCUUUUGCUGGUGGGCACUCCGCAGCGAAUGCAAGUAGCGCCGGGGCUGGCAUGAGGCAGAUCGUCGCAAGAGUGCCUUUGCAGGAGAUGGUGGGCUAUCUCAAGCAUUUGAGGAGCUUGACAGGUGGACGAGGAACUUUUACGAUGGUUGUUGACCAGUUUGAAAGGAUGAGUGCACAGCGGCAAAGAGCUGUGUUGAACCAGAUGAGAGGGGACUACGUCUGA